AUGGCGUCUAAAGAUGCUUUCUUUCAUUCCCCCCGCUCUGAUAUUGAUACAUGCCAUCAACCUGCACACAAAACUUCAAUAGAAGCAGCUAGGCCAACAACCUCACACAUCUCUAAAGCCCCUGCAUCUUCUUCUUCCCAGGAGACCGCCCCAGCGCUUGCAUCGACCCGAGCAGCAUUCAGCGCUGAGAGAACAUCUGCUCCGAUUUGGGGCGCAUCUGCUGCCACGGCUAUCUGUGCACGACCCUUUGGAACAGGUGUGAAAGCGAGAACAGUCCACAUUGGACUUACAACCUGCGACACAGAACCCCUGAUUGCAAAUUUGGCCAAGGUUGCAUUGAGAAUUGUCGUUGCAGAGAGGGGCGGCUAUUCUUUCCGGAGUGGAGUUGCUGAUAGCUUUGACAUCGGCAUUGUAGUCGUCACGAACGUCACGACGCAGAGUAGUAAUCAGGCGGCCGUUUCUAUCUUCACAGUAGGGUGCGGUAACUUCGCGUCUGAUAUUUUGGGGGAGAGCAGUGGAAGCGACUACGCCGGCCAAAAUGAAAAUCGAUAGUAUCGAAAAAAUCAGCGCUGAAAGCUUAGGCAUGGUGAUAGUUGAUAGUACAGUAGGCUGGGGACACAUGAUGUUAGAUCAUAUACCCAGACUGCGAAUUAAUUCUGUCGCC